CUUCUCUUCAUUUUCGCAGAUCGAUCCGACCGACUGACAAACGUAAUCGAAAAUCUCGAGGUUAAAGUUGCCUAUGCCAGUGGUGUGCGUAAGAAAAAUCUAGACGUAAAUUACUUAAGUUUCAUGUGACAAAUUCCUUCACAAGUGUGUUUUUUAUAACGAAUCAGCAAUGUUAUUUCAUAAAAAUUUGUAUGGAAAAUACCAAUCUAGCCUUCUUAACUUGUGAAAGAGCAGGCAACUAUGGUUAUAUACAAUUUUAUCCAAUCAUUUGCAUAGCUAUUGGAUCUUGGAUAAUUUAACCAAGUAUUUUAAAAGACUAUAGAAUCUCCUAUAUCAAUAUAAAGAGUGUCAAAAAAGUAGCAAACUUCAGAAUUUAGUUCAUUUACUAGAAGAAUAUGCUAUUAAAGAGAUUUAUUAAAGUGAACUCGCGGCAUGAUCUUUUCGUUCAGAAGAUCGUGCAAUCUUAUCUCUAUCGAUAGGAAAGUGGACGAAGAAGAAAGUAAUUACAUAUUUUCAACACGAGCAUAAGUGUACAAUUGUUAAUUGAUAUGUGGACGAGCUGGUUUGGCACAGAUUAUAUUAACAAAGUGAGUAUGUCAAGAAGAAAACCUGGCAGCGGUGACAGACAAUUCAACAACGUGGAUUAUACACAGCUUACAGAAACUGACAAUGGCUUUGUUGAUUCACAGUUUGUGAAUCCACCUGUGAAAAUACCAUGGAAAGCCAUAAUGUUAGCUGCUCUCCUUUUUGUUGGAGGUACUAUUAUGCUCAUCAUGGGUAGUCUAAUUGUAAGUGGACAUAUUGAUUCAAAGUAUUCAGAUCGUAUGUGGCCAGUUAUUAUUUUAGGAAUUCUAAUGUUUAUACCAGGUGCUUAUCAUAUGAGGGUAGCUAUUUUAGCUUAUCAAAAGGUACCAGGUUAUUCAUUUGAUGAUAUCCCAGAGUUUGAUUAAUGGACUACAACCUUUUUACUAAGUAUUAGUUGAAAGGUCGAACAUCGUUAUUAAUAUAUUAAAUAUUUAAUUUACAUCAAAUUGUUUUAUAUAAAUUGUAGAUAUAUGUUUUUCUUGAAAUACAUAUGUAAGUAUUUACAGCUAAUAUGACAAUACAAUUUGGUAUUGUACUUAAUAGAUUCGUUGUACAUUUUAUGCAAGUAUUGGAUUUAACCUUAAUUUAAUUUAAUUUUAAAACAUAUGGCAAUUAUUCAGGAUAUCAAAAGUUUAAUUGUCAGUAUUACAACUACAAUACAUGUUAUUUUUGUAUAACUGUAAUAUACUUUCAAGAAGAACACAAAUUCGCAUGUACAUAUUCUACCAUUGUGUAAUUGCAUAAUACCAAUGA